AGUAGGCUAGUCGUCAGUCAUGCUUGAAUUGUGGUUUUUAUCAAGGGUAGUCUAAGCAAACGGCUUCAACUGUUUCACCUUGUCAGAGGAGUGGAUGGGAAGGGAGGACUCACCAGCCAAUAACUACGGGAAUCUUCCCGUAAAAGGUCACGCACUGAUUAUUUAUUGGCAAUCUGCCAAAGCGCGCGCAUGUGUGUGUGUUUACUGGAAGAACCUCAGAGCUAAGGAGGUGGAGCCUUCGCUCUACUCGUUGACCGCGGUAACACAGCUACCUCCGUUUGCUAGAGAGAGAGAGAGAGAGCGAGAGAGAGAGAGAGAGAGAGGACACCGACGUCUUUACCGAUACAUUCCUCUGUCGGUUAGAAGAGGCCGUCUAUUCAGAGUUAAUGACAAAGUUAAUAAAUGAUUUAACACAUAGACAUUCGGGGACUUUGGAUAUUUUCUCCCUGGAGAGGAACGCUGGAGCCCGGGACAGGAACAAUCUCCAAGGUAAAUAAACUGGCUGCAUACCCGGGGCAUAGAGUGCUGCUGUUGCUGUACAUGGUGCAUAAAAUAGCAUACUGCAUAUGUGUGUAACAGUGCACAUGUUAAGCAAGACGUUGCAAUUGCGCAAAAACAUGAUUAUCAUAACGGCGAUAUGGGAAGCCAUUUGUGCCUCCAAAAAUAUCACAGGGAACCAGCUCUACUACAGGCAGCUUAAUGGCGCAAUGCAGAACAGGACUUUGCUUUUGGGAUGUAUUCUACUCAUUCUCUUUAGUCCAGAUAGACAGUGCUAUGUUGUACACUCUUGGAAGGAAAUAUGCCUCAAAUAACCUUUUGGUGUUCAACAGAUUGCCACAUACCUUUUUUCCAGGUCAAAACUGUUCCUUGAGGAACCUCUCUGAAAAAGUUAUUCAAGGAACCCCUGUGUAAAGCAUAUAACAGUAACCUUUUUGUGAUGCAAGGGGUUCAAUUUUGAACCUAUUCAAUAAUAUAUUGUAGUGGCAAUAGCCUAUCAGAAUAUUGGAGGCAUGACUUUUAGUUAUUCUUGUCCCCCCUGUAAGAGUAAAUGUUAUUCAUGUUCAUCAUGUUAACCCUUUGCUAUAUUGAAACAUUAAAGGUUGUUCCAAGAACCCCUCUACAAACCGAAGGUGCAAAUAUGAACCCAUUGACUGCAAUGGCUCCUUGAGGAACUCCAGGUUUCCUCGAGUCAGCCUACACUCUUAGAAUUAGGGGGUAAGUCACAUUUCUAUUUUGUGGCUGGUAGGGGCCCCAGCUCAGCUCAGACAGACACCAUGUUUAGCAGCUGCAGAGCGGGCAGUUAUGGCUUCUCUUGCCGAUUCAAGUAACAACUAGCAUCGGUACUUGGUGAAUGGAGAUCUAUUCAAUAUGGAGCUGGGCCCAUUACGUCUUGCUCCAAAUGCACUGAUCAGCAGCACAGUGAGACGGCCAGACCCACCCACCCGGGGGUAGCCUAUUUACCAUGAAACCCAAAAGCACUGAUCAGCAGCACAGUGAGACGGCCAGACCCACCCACCCGGGGGUAGCCUAUUUACCAUGAAACCCAAAAGCACUGAUCAGCAGCACAGUGAGACGGCCAGACCCACCCACCCGGGGGUAGCCUAUUUACCAUGAAACCCAAAAGCACUGAUCAGCAGCACAGUGAGACGGCCAGACCCACCCACCCGGGGGUAGCCUAUUUACCAUGAAACCGGAGAACCAUAGAGCUCUGCUGGUGAAAGCAGCAGGCUGCAUGGGAAUGAGGUUAUUUAUUCAGAAUGAACCUGGACUCAUUCAUAAUAACCUGUGUGUGUGUGAACACAGUUAUUUGGACCUUAACGUCAGAGAUGAUAAUGACCUGACUGACAACAGGGAUCAAGGUUCAAACCUCUAGCUGAAUGUUUGUCGGUGUGUAGCUAUGUGUGUUUUUGUGAAUGUGUUUUAUAUACAGACGAUUUACUCCACCAUGUGUUGGCCUCCAUAUAGAAUCAGUGGAAAAAGACUACUUCACACCUUUGAAGUGUUCACGAGAAAAUGUAUGAUAACACAUUUCUGCCCCCUGCUCUCUCUCUCGCCUUUCUCUCUGCAGCUGUCUGCAGUGGGUGGUCUCUCUGAAGUCCUCUUUGGACUGCUCCUCAGUGUCAUCGCUCUGGGAAACGUGUGUGCACCCCUCUCCCCCCUCCUUCCUCACGCCCUCACCCUUUCCCCACAUCGCAAACCCUCUUCAUACCUUCUUCUCUCUCUCCCUCCUGCCCCCUACUCUCCCUCGCCCCUCCCUGCUCUGGACCCCCCACCCCUCGGUCAACGAGCCGAGCGUGGGGGUCAGGGCGCCAUGGUAACCAACAGCAGGCGCGACCCCCCCCACCAUGAGCAGCAUGACCCCCCCAGAUCCCAGAGGUCAGGGGUCUCGUGUGCACCCCCUGCGCUAUAAACCCUUCAGCUCACAUGCACACUACCAACAGGUGCUGUGUGCGGUGCGUAAGCUACAAGAGAGUGGGUUCUACUGGGGUGCGGUGGGGGGUCGUGAGGCUAGCUCUCUGCUCCGCUCCCAGCCCCCCGGGACCUUCCUGGUUCGAGACUCAUCCGACCACCACUACUUCUUCACACUGUCGGUCCAGACGGCCCGCGGGACCAAGAACCUCCGUAUCCACAGCCAGGGGGGAAGCUUUUACCUGCAACCCGACUCGUGCUGCACACACAUGCCCCCGCGCUUCGACUGUGUGCUCAAACUGAUUGGACACUACAUGGGGCGAGGUGGAGAAGCAGCAGGGGGAGGGGAGGCUGGGGUAAGGGCGGGGGGAGGCACGGCUGCGGCGGCAGGGGAGACUGUGGGGUCGGGGACUGGGAGUGUGUAUCUGAUACACUCAGGGGGAGAGAAGGUUCCGUUGGAGCUGCGUCGACCCCUCCCCUCCUCCCUCUCCUCCCUCCAACACCUGUGUAGGAGGACCCUGAACGGACACCUCGGGAGCUCUGCCAGCCCCGACACACACCAGCUCCCUCACACACUCAGGAACUUCUUGGAGGAAUACGAUGCCCCUAUCUAACACACACAUACACACAAAAACACACACCCUCACACAGUUCAGGUUUGGGGUUUUCCCCUCUAACGGUUGAGGAUAGGAUUUGGAAAGGGUAAGCUGUUCCAAAUCGAUGCCACUGCUUUCUUACCAAGGGGAGCCUAACAUAGGUAACCAUUGAUACUCCUCCACUCCUGGACAGACUGUUAAUGGGAGUUAAGAUGAGACUGGGGGGAGGUUAAAAGUCGUUGCCCUCUCAGCCAGUGACCCAAUCUCCCAGCGGGUGCUGUGAUUGGGUAGUCAAAAAGAUUGAUAGGUCGAUAAUGCAGACCGUGGACACGCCACACACAGUGACGUGUGUGGCUUUAGGAGUAUAGCCAGAAGGUUGUUUGGGGUUUGUUGUGCUGCUGUGGCUGAGGUAUAGCUCCUUCUAUUGAUCAAUAGAGGCUUUCAUCUCCUCCCUCCCUUUUUUCUCCUGUUUGACAUGUAGAAUGGGCUCAAUGGACUGUGAGAGGGAGGAAAAGGAAGCGAGAGACAAGGAGAGAGGUGUAAUGAGAGUGUGUGGAGAACAGCAGUGUGUCAAACGAAGGGGCCAAAAGCAGAGUGAAAGUGUUUGUGGUGUCGUACACAUUUCCACUGCUGUAUGCCAACUAGCAUAGCCUCAUAGGAGGGUGUGGGGGAUCAUGGCUGAAGACAGCCACGAGCCUCACAAACAUACACAAGACACCACUUACAUACAGCUUACAGUGCUGUGAAAAAGUAUUUCAAAUUUUCUCUACUUUUGCAUAUUUUUGUAUUUUUUUCUCCCCAAUUUCAUGGUAUCCAAUUGUUUUUUAGUAGCUACUAUCUUGUCUCAUCGCUACCACUCCCGUACGGGCUCGGGAGAGACGAAGGUUGAAAGUCAUGCGUCCUCCGAUACACAACCCAACCAAGCCGCACUGCUUCUUAAUACAGCGCAUCCAAUCCGGAAGCCACCCGUACCAAUGUGUCGGAGGAGACACUGUGCACCUGGCAACCUUGGUUAGCGCGCACUGCGCCCGGCCCGCCACAGGAGUCGCUGGUGCGUGAUGAGAAAAGGAUAUCCCUACCGGCCAAGCCCUCCCUAACCCGGACGACGCUAGGCCAAUUGUGCGUCGCCCCACGGACCUCCUGGUCGCGGUCGGUUAUGACAGAGCCUGGGCGCGUACUCAGAGUCUCUGGUGGCACAGCUGGCCCUUAACCACUGCGACACCCGGGAGGCCUACUUUUGCAUAUUUUUGAUACUGAAUUAUCAGAUCUUCAACCCAAACCUAAUAUUAAAUACAGGGAACCUGAGUGAACAAAUAACAGUUAUAUACUUAUUUCAUAAACACAGUUAGGCAAAACCCAAUGCCCCUGUGUGUGAAAGUAAUUGCCCCCUUACACUCAAUAACUGGUUGUGCCAUCUUUAGCUACAAUGACUGCAACCAAAUGCUUCCUGUAGUUGUUGAUCCGUCUCUCACGUCGCUGUGGAGGAAUUUUGGCCCACUCAUGCAGAACUGCUUUUAAGUCAGCGACAUUUGUGGGUUUUCAAGCAUGAACUGUUCGUUUCAAGUCCUGUCACAACAUUUCAAUUGGGAAUAGGUCCGUACUUUGACAAGGCUUCAAAUUUGUUUCUUUUUAGACAUUUCCAUGUAGACUUUGUUUGUUUUGCAUCAUUGUCUAGCUGCGUGACCCAGCUGCGCUUCAGCUCACAGACGGAUGGCCUGACAUUCUCCUGUAGAUUUCUCCGAUACAGAGUCGACUUCAUGGUUCUGUCUAUUAAGGCAAGUGGUCCAGGUCCUGAGGCAGCUGAGUCAUGCAGCAAGACAAUGAUCCAAAACACACAAUCAUGUCUACAUGAAAAUGUUUAAAAAGCAACACAUUUUAAGUUUUGGAAUGGCCUCAAAGUCCAGACCUAAUCCAAAUUGAGAUGUUGUUGGAGGACUUGAAACAAGCAGUUUAUGCAUGAAAACCCACAAAUGUGGCUGAGUUAAAUCAGUUCUCCAUGCAAGAGUGGGCCUAAAUUCCUCCACAGCGAUGUUGGAAAAAAUAUGCAAAAAUAGAGAAUCCAAAAUGGGGCAAAUUAUUUUUCACAGCACUGUAACUGCAACUUUGGUAGCUCUUCUGUUAGAAUGUGAUGGAGAUGCCUCUGUGUCUUUGUCUUUCUUCCCAUCUCUCCAUCCAUCUACUCGGAUGUAUGAUAACACUAACACCGCUUGCUCGCUUAUUUAUAUAAAUAGAUAGAUCUCUCCCUCACUCAACCCCAAAGCUAACAGUGGAUAUUAUUUUAGUUCCUGGCAGGCAGGAACAACAUGUGUCCCAAAUGCCACCUUAUUCCCUUUAAAGUGCACUAGCCCUGGUCAAAAGUUGUGCACUGUAUAUGAAAUUGGGUGCCAUUUGGGACACAUUCAGAAACAAAAACUGAAGCCGAACAUAGUCAGUAGUCCGGGGGGGGGGGGGGGGUUGAAGGGUGAGGGAAGAGUGCUGAAGACGAGUAUGGCUGAGGCUGGAUGAGGGGGGGACAUGCAAGGAUGAUUGGGGGAGAAGCGGUAAGAGUGAGUGAGGGAUGAGGAGGAUGAAUAGGCAAGAUUGUUUUCACACUGGGCCACAGAGACAACAAAUCCUUAAUUUGAAGAUGAUGAUGAUGAUGUUGUGUUUAGCUAAAUAUGUCUUCCUGAUAGGAGCCUAGUUAGUAGAAGCGCAACGGUUGUCAUUUUUAACAUCUAUUAUCGUCAUAUCAACCUAAUGUGUAGCACCAGCUCAGCUACAUGUGUGUGUCAGAAGUAUUUGUCUUUUAUAAAGACUGCUCAUAACCUCGCCACUAGACUGGCAGACAGUGCAAGCCCAACUAUCUGGAACAACAAAAAACGAAAAGCAUUUCAGAAGAGAAAUUAAAGAUUGAACUUUGCACAUAUUUAUAUUUCUAAGAUAUUUCAACAAUGUAUAUUAAAGAGCACUAUUUUUACAAAAUUUAA